UGCAUUUCUGAGAGAUACAGAAUACAAAUUGUCAAAUUACAUAUACACUAUACACUAUAUUGUAAAAAGUAUUGGGCCAUCCCUCCAAAUCACUGGAUUCAGGUGUUCCAAUCACCUCCAUGGCCACAGGUGUAUAAAUCAAGCACCUAGGCAUGCAGACUGCUUCUACAAACAUUUGUGAAAGAAUGGGUUGCUAUCAGGAGCUCAGUGAAUUCAAGUGUGGUACUGUGAUAGGUUGCCACCUGUGUGAUAACUUCAUCUGUGAAAUUUCCUUGCUACUGAAUAUUCCACGGUCAACUGUUAGUGGUAUUAUAACAAAGUGGAAGCAACUGGGAACAACAGCAACUCAGCCACAAAGUGGUAGGCCAUGUAAAAUGACAGAGUGGGGUCAGCGUAUGCUGAAGCGCACAGUGUGCAGAAGUCGCCAACUGUCUGCA